UACGGUUGGUUGACCCCAUGUUUUCUUGGUCAAACAUCGAAACCCUGUUGGCACGCUCUUCCCCAGCACGCGGCGACCGCGGGCGCAUGCGUUUCCGCGCUCUGCCGUUCCACUUUCACACACCGAACGGGGUCCCGACGAUAACCUCCUCUUUGCACAUCGGUCGGCAGCUUGGCGCGUGCUAUAUUAACCAUCUCAGAUCGCCUCCCCCGGCCGCCGCCGUAAAUCGUUUUCAUCGGUUCCCAAUCAACUUUGGUUCCCCUCUGCGCCUUUGACUUGUCGGCCGGGGUCCUAGCGCUAGUUCAUAUAUUCCACUUGCUUUCUGUCCCCCUGUUCCUUCCUCCAGGGCAAAGAGGGGCCGCGAGCGGCCGCGAGUGCACAGCAUGGCGAGAUUUUUCUCCAAGACCCGCGACGGUGAGAGCGGCGAGAAGUCGCCGACUCCCGUCCAAGAUGUUCCUCGGUCCGAGUUGAGCGGCGAAGAAGGCGUCGUCGACGAGGCCCAAGAUGACCUGCACCGGGGGAUGAAGCCUCGGCAGUUGAAUAUGAUGGCCAUUGCGGGCGCGAUUGGAACCGGUCUCGUCAUCGGCACCGGCACAUCCCUCAAAUUCGGACCCGGGUCACUGCUUAUCGGAUACGCUUUCAUGGGCUUCGUUGUCUACGUGGUCAUGGUCGCGCUCGGCGAGAUGGGUGCUUGGCUGCCGAUGAAAAAGAGCUUCUCGGGCUACGCCACACGCUUUGUCGACCCGGCGAUGGGAUUCGCGACGGGCUGGAACUACUUUUUCAAAUACGUCAUUGUGCUACCGAACAACCUCACUGCUACGGGGAUUCUGCUGCAGAAAUGGAGGCCAGACAUCAACGUGUCGGUCUGGAUCGUCGUCUUCGGCGUCGCCAUCGUCGCCCUCAAUAUGAUCCACGUCUCAUUCUUUGGCGAAGCCGAAUUCUGGAUGUCGCUGGUCAAGGCCCUCGUCAUCUUGAUGCUGAUCCUGCUCUGCUUCAUCAUUGCCCUCGGCGGUGGCCCUAACGGCGUUCGCACCGGUUUCGUCUUUUGGCGGGACCCGGGCGCCUUUGCGCAGUACACGGCAUCAGCGGGCGGCGACACGGCCGUGAUCCCCGGCGCCACCGGCCGCUUCCUCGGCGUCUGGGCUUGCUUGGUCCAGGCUACCUUUGCCUACCUCGGGACCGAGCUCGUCGGCGUGGCGUUUGGCGAGACGCCCAACCCCCGCAAGAACGUUCCCCGCGCCGUCAACCAGACCCUCCUCCGGAUCGUCUUCUUCUACGUCGCCGGCGUCUUGGUUCUCGGCAUGGCCGUUCCCUACAAUAGCGAGCGACUGCUGGCCGCCACCAAGAAGGGCACCAGCGGAUUGGCCUCUCCCUUCGUCGUCGCCGCGCAGAUCGCCGGUGUCAACAAGCUCGACGACGCUGUCAACGGUCUGCUCAUGAUCUUUACCAUCAGCGCCGCCAACUCGGACAUCUACCUCGCCUCGCGCACGGCCUGGGCCCUUGCCAAGGACGGCCAGGCCCCUCAGCUGAUCCAGCGCACCAACAAGAGCGGCGUGCCGAUUCCGGCCGUUGCCCUCUCCUCCAUUUUCAUCGCCCUCGGCUUCAUGAACGCGACCAAGUCCUCCGCGACGGUUUUUGGCUACUUCGUGUCAUUGGUGACCGUCUUCGGCGCGCUCAACUGGAUAGCCGUCCUCGUGAGCUACCUGGCCAUGAUCAAGGCCAUGAAGGCGCAGGGCGUCCCACGCGAGGUGAUGCCGUACCGGAACCCCCUCCUGCCGUGGGGCGCGUACAUCGCGCUGGCCAUCACCGCCCUCAUCAUCAUAUUCAGCGGUUAUUCGGCGUUCAUCCCGCACUUCCAAGUCGACAAGUUCCUUACCUCGUACAUUGGAAUCCCUGUGUAUAUCAUCAAUAUCUUGUGGUGGAAGUUCGUCAAGAAGACGAAGAGGGUCCGGCCCGAGGAGGUCGAUUUGGUGACAGGGAGGAGAAGCUGAUGUGUCUGUCUCUCGCAGCUAGACGACGGUUAUUUGUUUUCUCAGAUAAAAAUAUAUUAUGCAUUGUUCCCGGAAAGAAACGGGGAAAUGAGAGCGACAAUUUACCGCCGAGCCUUGUCCAACUUC